AGUUUGAUAAAAUUGCAAGUGACGUGAGAGGGAAAUGUGGCCUUGAAUUAUGGGAAGAAAUUGCCAGAUAUAUUAAAGACGAGGAGAAUAGAUCCACAAUAUUUACCCGUGCUUCAGACCAUAGCAAUACCACCAUUGCAAAAGGCAUGAGAAUCAAGAACCUGCAGCAAGUUGCAUCAGAAAAAGGAUUACCAGAGGCAAGGAAACUGUACCAAAAACUGAACUGGUCUCCUCCGCUCUCUGAUAAGCUUCAUGCAUGUAUGGUGGAGCUAGAAUUAUCAAAAGAGACAGUGGAUGUCAAGAAGGUCAGGGGGAUUUUUACCACAGCUGUGCAACAGUUUGGGAAAAAACAUCCAGGUUUAUGGUUAGCCUACAUCCAGUUUGAGAAGCGCCAUGGAGAUCCAGUGCUUGUUGGUGGUCUGGUCACCAAGGCAGAAGACGAACUGGAAGUCAACGAAGCUCAGAUUUUCAGGGAGUUGCUUAUGGUUGUACGAGAGCUUCAAGGAGAGGAGAAAGGCAAGAGCAAGAAAAGAAAUACACUGAUUGAAGAAAGUAAAAUCAGUGAAUAUGGGGACGACGAAGAUGCAGGACCAGGAAGACAGGCUCUGGUGAAGCUCUUCGAUGAGGACCUCGUGUUGACCUACACCACCAAUCAGAAGAAAGAGGGUUUCUUCUCCCUCGUCCGCAGAAUGAGGAGACAAAUUGAGCAAGGCAAUGAGGAGCAAGCUGAGGAAGAUGGAAGUGAGUGGGAGCAAGUUUUACAGAUGCUGACUGGCCACAAGGUGGUGCUCUCGGUUCGACAGGUGAAGACUGUGCGCUCGAAGGAGCAGAAGAAGAAGAAGAAGAGUAGCGCUCCUGACAAAACUUUAAAGUAUCGGAGAAUGGUUUUGAGUGACGAGCUGCAGGUGGGAGAUUUACAGGGGAAGAGUGAUGAUCAGUUGCAGAAGGUGCUGGAGAAUUCACAGACUUUGCAGCCAGAGUUCAUGAAGCAGAAAAAGGUGGCUCCUUAUCACCUUACCAAAUAUCAAAAGAAGAAGCAGAGGAUGAUUGAGCGAGAGAAGACCAAGGGUGCUGGAUGGUUUGACAUGAAGGCUCCCGAGAUGACAGAAGAAAUCCAGCGGGAUCUAGAGCUCCUCAAGAUGCGUUCUGUCCUAGAUCCGAAGAGGCAUUAUAAGAAUAAUGAUAUGAAGGUUUUGCCCAAGCAUUUUCACCUUGGUACCGUUGUGGAGUCUCCUGUAGAUUUCUAUUCUUCUCGCAUUCCAAAGAAAAGCCGGAAGAGGACGCUGGCAGAAGAGAUCUUGAGUAAUGAAGAAAGCCUAAGGUUCCAGAAACGAAAGUAUGAAGAAAUAAUGGUUGGAAAGCAGAGACAACGGAAACGCCCCAACAGUGAGAAUACCAGAGACAUGUAUAAAGGCAUAAAGAGAGAUAAGAAAAGGCACCAGAAAAGGAAAUGAUAUCUAAGGGCUAUGUAUGAAAAUAUUAGCAAUAUUUUAUGAAUAAAAUAAAUAAUGACAUGAAAAUUGUGUAUCCUUGUUACACACGAGACUGUAAUGAAGCUUAUACUUUUAAUAAAUUGUUUGAUUUGAAUU